AUGCCGAUACAAGAACAGAAACAACAAGAAGGAAGCGCGGUGGCGUCGGGAAAUGCCAAAGAAGCGAGUAAUUCGUACGUCAACAUCGAGCCUGACCAUUCGAUGUGGAAACAACUGGUUUUAGUGCACACGCAAAGCGCUUGGAAAAAUUUAAUCACAACGAUGGUCUUCGUUGAGUUCCAAUUGGUCUUGUACGACGUGUCUUUCAGAGGACGAACGGCGUUUCCACCACAGACUAGUGAAAUUCAAAACAGUGUGGGUCAGAGAACAGUUUCCAUAAGAGUCGUUGAACUGCUCGUCCUGCUUUUUUUAAUGUCGGGUGUCACCAUCGCGGUGAUGAUUCGCACCGUUGACAUGGUUCAGCUUGAUUUAAACUGGCUGGAGAUAAUCGAGGAACGAUCUACAAAUCCCAAGAGCGAGUUUGAAUGGUGUAUCAUCUGCUACUACGUUAUGAUGACACAAGUAUCUGGCCAUGGUUUUCCCGAAGUCCUUCCAGGUAACUAUAGUUUCGUUUUUAUCGUGGUCGUACUUGCUGCUCUGUGGGUGGUUCAGGCUUUUGAAAUCGCUUACAUGACGGAUAUACUCGUGCAAAGGGAUUACAAUCGCUCACUUUUUCAUCGUGAGAUGCAUCUAAUAACUGCAUAUAUGGAUGAAAUAAACGCCCCUAAAGAAAUGCGAGACAACGUGGAAAAGUACGUCACUUAUUAUUGGAAGAAGCAAGGUAGCUCCAAAUUCAAUAUAAUGAAAUUCACUCUGUAUCCAACAAUAUUCCUGAAAGAAUGCGCUUUGGAAUUGGCCUGGGAUGCUUGCAAGCAUUCGCAUUUGUUACGUGACCAGCCAAUACCAUUCCUUCGGAAUUUGGCAACAGUUUUCGAUCGUGAAUAUUACCGUCCUGGUGAAGUGAUAUUCCGCAAGUACGAAUGGAAAACGAAAUUGAUCUACGUCAUAAAAGGUGUCAUCCAACUUCUGUCAGAGGAGGACGAUCAGUCGCCGAUCCUGAGUUUUUCAGGAGGAACAGUUUUCGGCGAAAGCACCUUGAUCAUCAGCCACAGAUCGCUCUGCAACGUGAUCGCCUGCACAAAGGUGGAACUGAACGUGCUGCAUCGGCACAAAUUCGUCAAAUUGAUGUCAUCUAGAUUCCAUGGAAUUCACAGAGUCAUUCAGUCCAAGAUCAGACUCAGGUACUGGAAAGCAGUCAGAAUGGUAGCCAUCGGCGCUGCUCUUCAGAAGAAUAAGUCCCACAUCGUAAACGUGCCCGCCUGCACUGACGUAGCUUGGCUCAAGCAGACGCUAGUAGUGUUGGAAAAUCGAACAAAUCGUCUGACUCGACGAGAGAAGAAAACUGUGCAGAUAGACACAGUCUUUACAUCCACAGACUUCAGAUACACAUUUGAAUUUUUGGAUAUGCUCGUCAUAUCAGACGACAUCACCACCAUGACAGAACAGGUUUGCCUCAACAACGGUAAAUUACCGUGGAUAUUUUGUCCUAAUACGAUGAUUCUCAAAUAUUGGAAAGCUUUUGUAAUGGUCUGCUGUCUCGUUCUGACUGUAAUCAUUCCGCUCCAUGUCACCCUACCGAGUUUCCAGGUUAUUGAUAUCAUCUUUGGUCUCCACGUAUUUUCUCUGGUCUACCUUUUUGAUUUUAUCAUUAUUUCGUCGACUAUGAUUCACGAGAAUGACAUGGUGUACACGGACAUUCUUGACAUUAUCUCCAGGAGGAUGCAUUACAUGAGUUACUGGGCUGAUUUCGUCGCUGCCUUCCCUGUCGAUUGGAUAUUAGAAAUGUUUGGAUCCAGAAACGGGCAAGUUCUUGCUUACUGCAAGCUUAAUCGGUUGGUGAAGAUUUACAAGUUCAGCGAAAUCUUUUCGUUUCUUGAAAAUGAGAUGAUCCUACCCUCGAAAAAGAUCCUCAUGAUAAAAUACGCGUUCUACAUGAUGACUCUGAUUUACUUGUCCGCUGCUUACAUACUGAUGACAACCUGCCCAUAUUUCGAGUGCGAUCCAUCGGGUUGGCUGGAAAUAUUCGUAGCAACUUCUAACGAGGACAUGGAUGGAAAGUUCCUGACUUCGAGCCUCUUCUAUGCUUCUCAGAUUCUCCUUGGCGUCGGUAUAAACGUCAUAGUCCCUGUAUUGAUUACCGAAUACCUCGUCAGCAUUUCACUCAUCGUCAUUGGAGCCGCUUUCUUCGUUUACAUCGUCUCAUCUGCCACAGCCUGCCAAAUACUCGACGGACUCACUAGAACUUGGCUCAGAUUUAACACCACAAAUAUCGCAUUGAUGAUGGAUGCAAAUAUGGUCACCAAGUCGAUUCAGAACCGAGUGCUCCGCUACCUCGAGAUGGAAUGGUUCUCCAACAAGGCUCACGUCCUGACCUUCGAGCGCCAGAUCCUUGACACGAUGACUUCCAACCUGAGACAGGAGCUGAACAUCGAGCGUUUCGCAUCGCUGAUAAGGAAGGUUGAGUUCUUUGGGGGCAUGAGCGAAGAGUGUAUAAAUGAGAUAUGCUCUGUUUGUCGACUGAUGCUUCUCCCACCGCGCGAGGUGUUGGGCUACAGAGGCAGCGAGUGCAGGGAAAUGUACAUAAUAGAAAAAGGGCACUGUCAAAUAUGGAGGAACGUUGAUUGGAUGCCGAUCGAUCUGACGAAGGGAUCGGAACUCUAUGUUCUUGAGAUGUGCUGCAGCAUAAACAAGAUUCACACUGUGACGACCGUUACUCACGCUUCCGUCGUCCAGCUUCGACUCCAGGACUUGAUGCAAGUGGUGUCCAAAUUCCUGUCAGAGAAGAGGUGCCUCGCUCGGGUGUUGGCCAAGUUCAGGAACUCAGGGGAGUUCACGAAGCUCGUCGGUAUUCAGUCCACUCUUAUGGUGCCAAACGCGAUGGUGGAGAUUGAGAAGAAGUUGCGAGAAAUCGACGACAUGAAGCGACGACAAAAAAGCCCGAAAAUUCAAAGUUUGGAAAAGGACACUUCAUCAGAUCAUGCGAUUGGUAACGUCUCUGCGGAGCGAUCUUUGAAGCAGACAUUAAUGAUGUUAUUUUUAUGCAAGUCCACUAUCAGUCCCAACGGAAGAUUCAUUAAAGUCUGGGAAGGCGUUCGUUUCACCUGCGCUUAUCUACUCAUCACACUUUAUUCAGGAGAUGCUAUCUUUUCUCAACUUAUGUCUGAAUUUCUUCGAAUCGCAGCGAUAUCAGUCCUGAAUUUAAUGAUGGUGAUUGACUGUUACGUGCAACUUCACGUCCAGUUCUAUAACAGUCACAGGGUCUUGGUAACGCAUCCAUUAUCAACGGCUAAACACUACGUCAACAGUGGAAUGAUCGUUGAUCUGAUCGCAGUGUUUCCUUUCGAGUACUUCUUCCUCUCCCCAGCGUCCCGGAACACUAAGACUCUCUGGUUCUGCAGACUUAACAGAAUCCUGAUGACGCACCGAAUGAUCGGCGAUGUAAUGCACUACUACUCUUGGCCAUACACGUUCAAGUAUAUGAGCUGCGUGCUAUUUCUCCCGCUGAUCAUUCUGCUCUGUCACGUUUUUGCUUGCGCUCUUCUGCACGAGUUUUGCGACUUGGGAAGUGACAUUGAAGAGAGCGAAGACUUCGCUUCUGGGAUUUUCUGCAGUCUCGAAAACGUUCAGAUAAAAUACGAAGAGAAUGGUCUGAUAACACCAUUGCAGAUGUACAUUUACUCGUUGCUUUACGUAUCCGCAACUUUGACGAGAAUCGGAGACGUGAACUUGAAACCCAUGAGAUACACCGCAGUGGUCUACAUUCUCCUGAUGACUGCAGUCAGUUUUCUGCUUCUGAUGAUCGUCGUGACGCACACAAUAUCAACGAUAUCGCAGAAAGAUACAAAGCUCACCGCUUACCAACAGCAAAUGAUGAUCCUGAUGUCAUAUCUGAAGGAAAACAAAGUUUCCACCGAACUUCGACAUGAAGUCGUAAACUACUUUGAGAACUUCUGGAUCCUCAGGAGAGGAACUUCUAUCAUCAAACAAAUGCAGCUCUUUCCUCCUGCGUUAAAGGAAGACGUUCUAUGGUGUGUCUAUGGCCCAUCACUGACGAAAUGUCCCGGAUUCUCCCAGAAAAAUGAAUCCUUCUUCCGAUCCCUCUUCCGCAACAUGGAUGUCAAGUUUUACUCCAAAAGAUCGGAGAUCAUGACACUCAAUCUAGUUCACCGUUCAGUUUACUUCAUUCAUCGGGGAUUGGCCGAGGCUUUUGGUCCAGACGGAACUCUCAUCGCAGUUCUUGGGUGUGGAAGGUAA